GAAAAUACAUUUAUUUUUAAAAAUUGUGAUGUUAGGCUAACGUGAGAUUCUCAUCUUUCGAUACGUCACCCAUCGAGACGCCUGUCUUCGUUCGACAUACUGCGAUUUCGAUGUAAUUACGAGACAGAAACCUCUUUAUUCGAUACGUGAAGUCCACGUGUCGAGUUCGCAAAUAUGACCCUUGUGCUGUUGGCAACACCGCAACGUUAGACAUUUACUUGACGUAUGUCAAAUGUCAGAUUAGAAGAUGACUGGUUGAUUUUGAAGAAUUUUGGAUAUUGGAUAUUUGCUUGUUUCUUUCACCAAAUAACAAAAUACUUUGUCUAGAUUAAACAAGUUUCAUUAAAAUGGGUCAAAACCAGUCAGGACCUGGAGGUGGCGACAAAAAGGAGGAAAAGGAUAAAAAGAAAAAAUACGAGCCCCCAAUUCCGACUAGAGUUGGUAAAAAGAAGCGGCGUACCAAGGGACCUGAUACAGCUUUAAAAUUACCUGCUGUUACCCCCCACACAAGAUGCAGGUUAAAAUUAUUAAAGUUGGAAAGGAUUAAGGACUAUCUUCUGAUGGAGGAAGAGUUCAUCCGCAAUCAAGAGAGAUUGAAACCUCAGGAAGAAAAGAACGAAGAGGAGAGAUCUAAAGUUGAUGAUCUUAGAGGUACACCAAUGUCUGUGGGUACUUUAGAGGAAAUUAUUGAUGAUAAUCAUGCUAUUGUAUCAACUUCAGUGGGAAGCGAGCACUAUGUUAGUAUUUUAUCAUUUGUUGAUAAAGAUCAGCUUGAACCUGGAUGCUCAGUACUUCUAAACCACAAGGUACAUGCAGUUGUCGGUGUACUAGGAGACGAUACUGACCCCAUGGUCACUGUGAUGAAAUUAGAAAAAGCUCCUCAAGAAACUUAUGCAGAUAUUGGAGGUCUUGAUACUCAAAUUCAAGAAAUUAAAGAGUCUGUUGAACUGCCUCUCACCCAUCCUGAAUAUUAUGAAGAAAUGGGUAUCAAACCCCCUAAAGGUGUCAUUCUUUAUGGUCCCCCUGGUACUGGAAAGACCCUACUGGCCAAAGCUGUGGCCAAUCAGACGUCUGCUACGUUUUUGAGGGUUGUGGGGUCUGAACUUAUACAGAAAUACUUGGGAGAUGGACCUAAAUUAGUCAGAGAAUUGUUCAGAGUAGCUGAAGAGCAUGCUCCUUCGAUAGUAUUCAUAGAUGAAAUUGAUGCUGUAGGUACCAAAAGGUACGAUUCUAAUUCUGGGGGAGAAAGGGAAAUUCAGAGGACCAUGUUAGAACUGUUGAACCAAUUGGAUGGGUUCGAUUCUAGGGGAGAUGUUAAGGUUAUAAUGGCUACUAAUCGAAUCGAAACUCUUGAUCCCGCUUUAAUUAGACCCGGUCGUAUAGAUAGAAAAAUUGAAUUCCCACUGCCUGACGAAAAGACUAAGAAGCGAAUUUUCAACAUCCACACAUCCAGAAUGACUUUAGCUGAAGAUGUCAAUCUUCAGGAGCUUAUUAUGGCUAAAGAUGAUCUCUCAGGAGCGGAUAUUAAGGCUAUAUGUACUGAAGCUGGUCUGAUGGCAUUGAGGGAGAGACGUAUGAAAGUGAUGAAUGAAGAUUUCAAAAAGUCUAAAGAAAGUGUUCUCUACCGGAAAAAAGAAGGCACACCAGAAGGGCUUUAUCUUUAAGUAGCUUGAGUUGCAAUUAUUGUAAUUUAUACAGAUUUUUCAUUUUUUUUUUUGGCUAAUAAAUAAUUUCUACAAAGUUUU